UAAGCUGCGCGUGUAUAAAAACCUGGCAACUCUCAUAGAUACAAAGACAGAAUCGGAAGCGUUCAGAAUCGAUAAGUUGUUAACCAAAAAUUAUGUCCCGCUUAGUUCCUGUUGAUUAUUUUGAUUGGGGAUUUUUUGAUAGACAAAAAUCACUUUUUCCGAAGUUCAAAGGCAUUUUCAAUGAAAGUUUUGAGGAUUUUGAUAAGGAAUUGGAACAGAUCAGGAAAGAGAUGUUUCAGUUGACUCCUCUGGACUUUGGUGCCGGAUUUGACAAAGACCCUUUCGGUAAAGAUUUCUUUGGAAAGGACCCUUUUGCAGGUUUUGGGUCAAGCAUGUUAAAAGUAGAGAAACCAUUCAUUGAAGAUAUUUCUGGAAAUAAGAAGUUGAAUUUGAAAUUCGACUGUAGUCAGUUUAAACCGGAAGAGAUCACGGUGAAGACCGUAGACCGGAAUUUGACAGUGCAAGCUAAACACGUGGAGGAAUCGCCUGGGAAGAAAAUCCACAGAGAAUUCACCAAAUCCUACACACUUCCGGAAAACAUUGAUCCCAUGAAAGUCACUUCUACAUUGUCCGGAGAUGGCGUCCUAUGUAUUGAAGCACCUGCCCCUAAAAGUGUGGAGGUUCGCAACGAAAGAAUCAUUCCCAUUGAGAAAUUGGCAAUCAAGUAACAUUUCAAUUCUUAUGAACUUUGAAUGAACUACAGGAAUUGAUGUAAAAUAUGUGAUAUUUUUGUUAGGCAAUUGUAAAGGAUUAUAUAUUCAUCUUUAUUUUGUAAAGAAGAUUCAAAUAAAAUGAUCUCCGUAAACAAAUUCAUAGAAAAACAAACCUGACAAAUUUUGGAAACAGUUAAUCUACAAUCAGAUGGUGGAAAUGGAAUAUAUAUCCAUAAGGUAUCACAUCUGUCAAACGUUAUUUUUUAUUAUCUGUAUAAUCUCUCUUCUGCGAUAUAAAUACCAUGUACUAGCAUGCGUUGUACAUAUGCCUCUUUUUAUCUUAAUUAUAAAUCUAAUCUGACAGCACAGAAUAAAUACAAACAUCAUUAA